AUGGAGUCUAAAAUCAUAUCCGAUUUGGCUAAACUAUUAAGAAAAGACGGCGAUAAAAUUCUGAAUGAAAAAUGUCGACUCACACUCUCUGGACCUAUAUUGAACGACUUAAACGAAGCCUUUUGUCUAAUAGCUGAAAGGGAUGUUUAUAAUACUACUUUUCAAGUUAUUCCUGCGAAUAAUAUGAAAGCAGAGAUAUUUUUAGAUUUACAGUUUCUACAUGACUUUGUGCAAAAAACUUUGUGUUUGAGUAUCACCGAGGACUUGAGUAGUAAGAAGAAUUAUAAUGUUGACAUUAGUAAGUUUAGGAAUUUAAGGUCUUUAGAAGUGCACAAGAUACCUAUAUUAACAGUGAGAGGCUUACAGAGUUUACGUGCCCAAUUACAAAGUUUAACAUGCAUCCGUUGUGUUGAUAAUAUAAAAGACAUAUUGUCUUCUUGUGGGGCUGAUCACAGCACAGGUUUUGUAUGGUCUGAGUUAAAAGAAGCCAAGUUCUCUUACAACUGUUUACAGAGCAUCGAUUCAAGUCUUGAGUAUCUACCGUGGCUCCAAGUACUUGAUUUAAGCCAUAAUCGCAUAGUCACUGCCGAAGCCCUGAAAUGGCUACCUAACCUCAAAUACAUCAAUCUUAGUUACAAUAAACUUGAGGAGAUUCCCAUGUUUCAUGUCGAAUCUGGAAGGAAGUUGCAGAUAUUAAAAAUAAGCAAUAAUGAUAUUGAGACUAUAACAGGUGUCAAUCGGUUGGAAGCUCUGUGCGAGUUGGAUUUAGCUAAUAAUUAUAUUAUAGAUCAUUCGAAUUUAGUGCCUGUUUCAUAUUUGCCCCAUUUGAGGUGGCUGACACUUGCUGGGAAUCCUCUGUCGUUUCAUCCGGAACACAGGAAGCUGACUGCAAAGUAUUUGCAUAGGAAUGCAGGAACUAUUAAGUUCUGCCUGGAUCAAAUCAAGUUGUCGAAAGUGGAAAACAACUUGACAGGAUCCUACAAAAUCGCCCAACGUCUCCAAAGAUCUCCAAGAAAACAUUUGAAUUCAGUAAGCUCCACACAAUCCAACGAGACCAGUGCCAGCGAAUCCACAGCAUCAGAUAUUAGGAUAUUCGAUUCAAGUUUAUCUCGUCUCAAGCCUAUCAAAACAGUAAAAGUACGAAACGCCAUCAUAGCAGACCUGGACGACGACAAUAAUUUAGACAGCGAUGGCAAUCAGACACGACAGAGUAACAGUUUACAUGACAGUACGACUUCUGCAAAUGAUACAUCAGAAGAUAUGUCUCAUCUGGAGACCAAGAGACAGCUGACUGACCUUCGAAGCCAAUUUGGAGACGCUUGGCUGCAUAGCCAGGGCGGUUCUUUGGUUCAGCAUAUUUUGGGAAUGACACCGAUGACUGGAGUCACUGGUGACGGAGGUAUGGGGGAUGGUAAAUGUGGUGCUGAGGAUUCGGAGGAUGGGGGAAAGGAUUGUCAAGGUCAAGAUCGUUCCAACGACCACCGACAAAUUCUGCGCCCGCAUCCUCACCAAAGACGAGAUAAGAUCCUUCAAAAGACCCCACUUGUCCUCCUCCAACAAGGUUCUCAACCAGGAACCCGUCGUAGAACCCCAAGAGGACACCGUAAACAACAACAGCCAAAACACCAACAACCACCAAAUCUACGACAUCAGCAAUUUCGACCAAUAUUUAACUCUAGUAUCCCAGAACAUGUCUCCGAUUGGCCAGAUUCAGCAGAUAAAGGAUGGUAA